AUGCGUUACGUGGUGGCUGAUGAUGAGUCUGUUCCAAAGACUUCAAAAGAUCAUCUUAUACUUGUUCCUGAUCAAAGUCAACCUUAUGGAUCCGUCGUUAGUAGACCGGUAGUUACCGGUGCGGCUUUAGGCCCUGAUUGGGCGCAUGGACGCAAUUUACACGGUCGUCUCGUUGAUACAGUUGAGGGCGAAUUACUUAAAGUAGUUUAUCAAACUAAGGUGAAAAGGUUUUUGUCUCCGGAAGAAUUCCGUGGUUUGAGUAAGUUAGAAACUUUACCUUUUACAAAUGGUAGCAGUACUAAUAGUGGCAGUAUGUCGCCGGUUAACAACUGGCCAGUUUAUGUAGAGUUAACAAAUGACGAAAUUUACGGAUGUGAUUUAGUUGUAAGUGCAGUUGGCGUUGAAGCAAAUUUUAAUCCGUUCAACAAGAAUCGAGGUGAUGAAGGUGUCAGUACUUCUGCUGCCUUAACUGAUGAUGAUGAUGAUGAUGGUAACAAUAACACAGAAGAGGUCAUAAAGCCAUCGGUUUUUGGCGCUUCAUUCGAUCGUGUUUCAAUGGAACUGGGUGGUGGUCUUUUAAUUGAUGAGCAAAUGCGUACCAGCUGGAAAGAUGUUUAUGCUGCUGGAGACUGUGCAUAUGCUAAUUGGACGUGGUCUCCGCAUUGGUUCCAAAUGAGGUUAUGGAAUCAAGCUAGGCAAAUGGGAUUUCAUGCUGCCAAGUGUAUGUUCUGUCACACUCGUGGCGAUGAAAAUGUUCCAUUGGAUUUUUCUUUCGAGCUUUUCACUCAUGUUACCUACUUUUUUGGUUUCAAAGUUGUUCUAUUAGGUCGUUUUAACGGUCAAGGUAUGAAUCUGUCUGCUUCAGAUACAUAUCUUUUAAUGCGUGUCACACGUGGACGAGAAUUUAUCAAGUGUAUUAUGCAGUCGGGUCGUAUGCAAGGAGCUAUUCUAAUUGGUGAGACAGAUUUAGAAGAAACCCUCGAAAACCUGAUUUUGAAUCAGAUUGAUUUAACCAAUUUAGAAGAUCGUCUUCUUGAUCCAGACAUCGAUCUUUCAGAUUAUUUUGAUUAG